UUCCUUCGUUAGCAGUUGCAUCCACCGAGAUCGCUCGGCUGUGUUCAUCCGGCGAGAUAAUCCAUGGCUCGGUGGUGCUAGGGUUUAGGGCUUCCUCGCCCAAUUCCAUCCGCCCCUCGGAGCCGCACACACGCGGAGCAGGAUCGAUCGGUUCGGAUGGAGGGCGGGGACGCGGAGGCGGCCCAGCGGGACGCGAUCACCGCGAGGAUGCGGAGCCAGGACUACGCCGGCGCGAGGGCGCUGCUACUGCAGACGCUGCAGACCAACCCCAGGCUGGAGGGCGCACUGGAGAUGCUCCCCGUCCUCGAGGUCCUCUGCGCCGCCGGGGAGACGCUCGCCGGCCGCGGCCGUGGUGUGGACUGGUACAGGGUCCUCCAGGUCCUGCCCGGCGACGAUGCUGCCAGGAUCGAGGCGCGGUACAGGAGCAUUGUGGCUCAGUUGGAGCCGAUCGGGGCCGACCUGCCCGGUGCUGAAUUGGCUCUCAGGCUUGUCAGGGAGGCGUACGCGGUGCUGUCUGAUCCGGAGAAGAGAGAGGGGCUCGAUUCCAGGGACAUUUUUGCUCGGUUUGUUCGUUCUGGUGUUGUUGUCGCACCAACUCCUGAUAGUACAAUGGUCCAUUCUGACAAGCUAAACAGUCUUCACACAAAGGAUACUAGGACAGCGGAUUUUACAAGCAAUGCAGUCUCACAUGUUCAGCGCACCACCGACAAGUCAUGUUUUGAAGAGAGGAAUUCCCAUCUUUCAAAUGUGGCUAGUUCUUCCAGAACUAAGAGGGUGGAUCCUUGCUUAGGUGAUGAUGGUGACUUGCAGUCACCUGACGAUGGCCAUAUUGACAAGAAGCAAAAGAGUGUCUGUGAAGAUGAUCUUUAUUGCGCGUUGCCCUCACAGGAAGAUUUGGGUGUCCGCUUUGAUGAUCCGUCAGAUGCCAAGGAAGAUGAACACUGCUCUAGAAAACAGUAUGAAUACCAUAACUUCGAAGAAGACAGGGCGAUAGAGAAUUUUUCUACUGGCCAGGUUUGGGCAGCAUAUGACUGGGAGAGGUUUCCUCGCAGAUAUGCACUGAUAGUUAAAGUAUUGAUGGAUAAGAUGCAGUUAUAUGUCUCAUGGUUUGAGCCCUGCCUGCAAUCUCAUGAAGAGAAGAAAUGGUCGCGUGCAGGCUUGCCGUUGGUUUGUGGAACUUUUGCCACAGAAGAACGUCGAAUCUCUUUAACUUGUCCAACUAUUUUCUGCCAUCAAAUUUCCAGUGAUAAUCUGAAUCAACAUCUUGAAGUAUAUCCCCAGGAAGGUGAGGUAUGGGCCAUAUACAGUGACUGGGAUAUUGAGUGGUACACUGAUCCUGGGAUGUGGAAGAAGAGCGCCUUCUAUAUUGUUGAAAUUCUUACUAGUUAUUCAAAAGAAUCAGGUUGCACCGUUGCACACUUGGUAAAGGUAGAUGGACAUGGAAGCAUUUUCCAAAGGCAUUUGAAGAGUGGAACAGAGCGUCUACUGCAAAUACACAGCGACAAUCUGCUCAUGUUUUCUCACAUGAUCCCUUCUUUCAGAUUUACUCCUGAGGUUGGAAUUAUGUUCGAGCUUGAACAUUCUGCAGUUCCGGAAAACCUGCGCCAAGAAACUGCAUUGGCAUGUAUUUCUCCUUUGUUGCUUUCCGGUUUACAUGAUGACACAAACAGCUUUCAUGAAGCUGCUGUUGCACAAUCCUCAAAUCCUUCAACAAGCAAAAUGGAUUCAGGUGCUCCAUUGCAAGCCAUGAUGAGCUGCGAUAACAAGUUGUCACCCAAGAAUUUUCUGGAGGGCCAGAUAUGGGCUGUAUUUGAUUCUCGAGAUCGAAUGCCUAGGUCUUAUGUCAGAAUAAUCCGUGUGGUUUCAUCAACUUCAGUUUUUGUGUUGAAGUUGGAGCCUCACCCUAUGCUUAAUGAAGAGAUACGGUGGGUUGAAGAUAGUCUACCCGUUGCUUCUGGGGUAUUUCGGGCUGGUACUGAAACCACUUACAAGGAUGUCUGGGAAUUCUCUCACCCUGUAGAGUGUGAUUGGAGUGCAAAGAGAUCUUUCUACCGUAUUUUCCCAAAGAAAGGGGAAAUAUGGGCAAUGUACAAAAAUUGGAAGAUCACCUUGAAUAGCACUGAUAUUGACAAAUGUGAACCUCGCAUGGUUGAGAUCCUCUCAGACUACUCUGAUGAAAAUGGAGUCAAUGUUUGCAGCUUGGUUCGGGUAAAAGGUUGCUUAACCUUUUUUCAUAGGGUAGUAAUGGAAGAUUUCCAUUUGACAAGGUGGAUUCCAAGGUCUGAAAUGCUCAGCUUUUCCCAUCGUGUUCCUGCUUUCAUUGUUGUUGAAAUCAAAGAUCUUGCUAUACCAAAAGGGUCCUGGCAUUUGGAACCAAGUGCCCUUCCUACAAGGAUCAUACACUAACGCAUGUAUAGUAGCAGAUGUAGUCAAUAGCCCAAUUGUAAUGACUCCACCCGUCUUUAUCACCCCAUUUUAAGUACUUUUCCUACCUCGGUUAAUGAUCUUCCAUUCAUUGUCUUUUGUGAAGAGAUUUGUUUGAUCA